UUUCAUUGUUGGUUUUGCCAAUAAUGGAGCUCCUCCACCAUUUUUGUCUGUUCCCUGGAAAAUCUCGAAAACUAGAAGAUGGAUCUCUAAAGAGAGAGAGAUAGAAUCACUGAAAAAUCUCUUCUCCUUUUGAUUUGAGAUCGAAUCACUGUUGGAUUUAGGGAUUUUUCCGAUUCGUUUUUUUUUUUUUUGGGAUCGGUAAGAAAUGAUAUCGAAUCCACGUCUCUUGUUCUACUCCUGCAUUGCAAAAGGAACAGUGAUUCUCGCCGAGUUCGCUUCGAAAGAAGAACCUGGAAUCGAAGCUCUAGCUUUGAGAUGCAUCGAAAACGUACCUCCUCAUCAUUCGAUGGUUUCUCAUACAGUCCAAAAGAGGACUUACGCUUUUGUAAUCGAUGGUUUGUUAUCGUAUUUCGCCAUUUUAGACGAGGUCGUAACGAAAUCAGAGUCUCUCUGGCUCUUCAGUCGAUUGAAAUCAGCCACGGACGAUCUAAUUGCAGACGGAUCUGCGUCGGCCUCGUUGGAUAAUCCCACCAGACACUGUCUCCAAUCAAAGCUCGAUCCAGUCUUCGCUGAGAUCACUGGUGGUAACAAGGAUUUGGAAGUGGAGUUAGAUUUGGUUGGAUCUCCGAGGAGUUUAGCGAGGGAGGUGAAAAAUCGUGGUUUGGAUUCGUCGAAAGGACGCAAAGGCUGUGCCUUGAAGCCGCUCCUGGGAAAUCCAUUGAGGGUGUUGAAGAAUAAGAAGAGAUCGCAGACAGAGGCCAAAAGUGAAGGCAUUGUCAAUGAUUGGGCUGAGAAGAAGAUGGAUUUGGGAGGAGGAGGAGGAAGUGUAUUAAGCAAGGGAUUAAGAAACGGGUUGGUUCAUGAUCAUCAUAGACAAAAGGCAAAGCAGAUAUGGAGGAAACAUGUGUGGGUUGUUUUGAUGUUCGAUGUCUGCAUCUGUGUUGCUCUGUUUGGGAUCUGGCUUUGGGUUUGUCAAGGUUUUCAAUGCAUCGAUGGGUAAAUAUCUGUCACUUUACAAUGACCAACCAUAUCAAACACUGAGCUUUGGGGGAAGUAAUGGUUUGCAUAUUUGUCAUUUGGGUUUAGGGUUUGUGUGUUGAAUCUGAUUUCCUUUUUUCCAAAAUCCGACGUGUUGUUUCCAGGGUUAAAGGCUUGGUUUUACACGAUCGUGAUGAUGUUCAUUGUGUUUUGGAAGUUUUUUUUCUUUUUUUUUUCCAUGAUGCAAAAGCAAAAGUGUUUUGUAAAUCUCCUUUGUUGUAAUACUAUCUCUCGUUUUCUUGGAUGACAAUUUACUUGAUCUCUGUUGUGUAAUUUGACAAAAGAUGAAUGCAGCA